AUGGCAUGUGGCGUGGGCCAUUUCGAUUGCCUGGAUGUUGGUCGAACCGCCGAUAAGUUUCCCUUCUGUGCCGGCUGCCAACUUGUCUACCAAGGAGGUUCCGUUGAAAGCAAUGGCGCCGUCUCACAGGGCCGCUGCCGGCACGCCGCCGUCUCAAGCGUUGGCGACACAAUUCGCUGGACAGUCGUGGGCACCAAACCCCAGACCAUCCACUCGCCCCCUAACUCCGAAGGGUUCUACUCAAUCGGGUCUGGCAAGCUGCCGCCGGGCGCCACGUUCUACUACACGUUCAAGGAGGAGGGCACGUUCACGUACAUGUCGCGGUUGACUGCCGGCCUCGACGGAACACAGCAACAACAGAAGCGGCAACCACCAGCGCAGCAGCAACAACAGAAGCGGCAACCACCAGCGCAGCAGCAACAACAGAAGCGGCAACCACCAGCGCAGCAGCAACAACAGAAGCAGCAACCACCAGCGCAGCAGCAACAACAGAAGCAGCAACCACCAGCGCAGCAGCAACAACAGAAGCAGCAACCACCAGCGCAGCAGCAACAACAGAAGCAGCAACCACCAGCGCAGCAGCAACAACAGAAGCAGCAACCACCAGCGCAGCAGCAACAACAGAAGCAGCAACCACCAGCGCAGCAGCAACAACAGAAGCAGCAACCACCAGCGCAGCAGCAACAACAGAAGCAGCAACCACCAGCGCAGCAGCAACAACAGAAGCAGCAACCACCAGCGCAGCAGCAACAACAGAAGCAGCAACCACCAGCGCAGCAGCAACAACAGAAGCAGCAACCACCAGCGCAGCGGCAACAACGACAACAACGACAUCAUCAUCUUCAUCGACAACAACAACGACGACGACAAUCCUCACGUCUGCACCAACAACAACAACAACAACAACAACCACAACAACAACAAUCACCGCCACCGCUCUCCCAGCACCCCCCUUUCUGCCAUCUACAUCCUCCACCACCACCACCACCACAACAACAACAACAACAACAACAACAACAACAACAACAACAACAACAACAACAACAACAACAACAACAACAACAACAACAACAACAACAACAACAACAGCCCCUGCUCGCCCCGGCAAGCGCCCUCCGCCUCCGCCCACGUCGUCGUCGUCGUCGACAUCUGUACCGGUGA